CCGGGCGUUUGUCUGCGAAGUCCGGGGCGCCGCGGAGGGCUGCGGCGCGCCGCUGAAUUAACUGAUGAGAGCGAGUUCUUUUCUUCCCCGGGAGGGCUGGGGAGCGGGGGUCCUGGCGAGCAAGGCGGGGAAGCCCGGGGCAGGGUAGCGGUCCCGGGCCGCGGUGGAAAUUUCCAAGGACUUGGCGCGGCGCGGAGAGCGCGUCUGGGGGUGCCCGGCGGUGCAGCAGCGCGGGAGGCGGGGAGAGGCGGCGGAGGGCGCAGGAGCAUCUCUCCGGCGGGGACGCCGCGGGCCAGUGGUCUGGGAGGGAGCCCAGCCUCUCCCCGGCCCCGCGUAGGGCGACGGUGAUGCUGCAGAACCGGCGGGAGCGACUCGCCGCGGCCGCUCUCUGCGCUCUCGGAGACCCCAGCGCCCGCCUUCCGCAGGGGAAGCGACCAUGACCGGAGCUCGUGACUCGCCCCCCGGCCACUUCCCCUAGAAAGAAACCCUUGAAAAAGUUGCAUCUGAAAAAAAAUCCUUGCGCUGACCUUUGGGGCCGUGGGGGCCCGAAGAAACGUGCGUGCGAGUGCAAACGAGAAAGCAAAGCGGAAGGUGUGUGUGUGUAUGGGGGGCCGGCGGUGGGGGGACCCUCCGCUGCCACUUUGCCUAACGCUGUGUUGAGCGCCCCCCGCCCCCCGCCCCCCGCCCCCGGGGCCGCGGGGCCGCGAUGAGCCCCUGCGGGCGGGCCCGGCGACACACGUCCAGAGGGGCCAUGGCAAUACUGGCGUGGAAGUUCCCGCGGACCCGGCUCCCGGUGGGAGCCAGUGCCCUUUGCGUUGUGGUCCUCUGUUGGCUCUACAUCUUCCCGGUCUACCGGCUGCCCAACGAGAAGGAGAUCGUCCAAGGGGUGCUGCAACAGGGCACAGCGUGGAGAAGGAACCAGACGGCGGCGACAGUCUUCAGGAAACAGAUGGAAGACUGCUGUGACCCCGCCCAUCUAUUUGCUAUGACUAAAUUGAAUUCCCCCAUGGGGAAGAGCAUGUGGUAUGAUGGGGAGUUUUUAUACUCAUUCACCAUUGACAAUUCAACUUAUUCUCUCUUCCCCCAGGCAACCCCAUUCCAGCUGCCCUUGAAGAAAUGCGCGGUGGUGGGAAAUGGUGGGAUUCUGAAGAAGAGUGGCUGUGGCCGUCAAAUAGAUGAAGCAAAUUUUGUCAUGCGAUGCAAUCUUCCUCCUUUGUCAAGUGAAUACACUAAAGAUGUUGGAUCUAAAAGUCAUUUAGUGACAGCUAACCCCAGCAUAAUCCGGCAAAGGUUUCAGAAUCUACUGUGGUCCAGAAAGACAUUUGUGGACAACAUGAAAAUCUAUAACCACAGUUAUAUCUACAUGCCUGCCUUUUCUAUGAAGACAGGAACAGAGCCAUCUCUCCGGGUUUAUUAUACACUCUCAGAUGUUGGUGCCAAUCAAACAGUGCUUUUCGCCAACCCCAAUUUUCUGCGUAGCAUUGGAAAGUUCUGGAAAAGUAGAGGAAUCCAUGCUAAGCGCUUGUCCACAGGACUCUUUCUGGUGAGUGCAGCUCUGGGCCUCUGUGAAGAGGUAGCUAUUUAUGGGUUCUGGCCCUUCUCUGUGAAUAUGCAUGAGCAGCCCAUCAGCCACCACUACUAUGAUAAUGUCUUGCCCUUUUCUGGCUUCCAUGCCAUGCCAGAGGAAUUUCUCCAGCUCUGGUAUCUUCAUAAAAUCGGUGCACUGAGGAUGCAGCUAGACCCAUGUGAAGACACUUCACUUCAGCCCACUUCCUAGGGACCAUGGAAAAAGAAAGAACUGAGCCCAGGGUAUUUUUGUUAGGUUUUCUACAUGACUCCAAAAGGAAUGGUCAAGUCAUUUCAUGGAUUCACAUGGGCCACAUGGAAAAACAAAAUAAAACAACUACAAAAAACCAAGAGAAACUCCACUUUGGAUGUUGGCUUGGAGGACAAAUAAGAAAUGAAACAUCCUGUGAAAUAUUUUGUAGCACAUUGUGGAUUUGCAACUAGUAACAUGCUGGUGAAAUGCUGUUGGUAAAGCACGUUUACAUGGUUCAAAGCUAGAAGAUGCAGUUCGCAAGACAGAACUCCAGUUGUUGAAGCUGAAGAAUUAAUCAAGGUAGAAUAAAGGAAAUGCCGGACAAAGUGUUACGGAUUAUCAACACAAUCUGGCUUUAGAGAAAAACCUAUAUCUUAGAACCAUAGGUUUUUAAAAAAUUAUUAUUUAUUUUUGCCCUAUUUAGGGGCAGUGAGUGGGUAAUGAGGUAGAUAAAAAGAAAAUUCCUUACUGAGUAAUAAAGAUACAAAACACUA